CGGAGCUGGGGGCGGGGCCAGUGGAGAGCAGCUGCACUGAUAGUUCAGUGUCAAGAUCUACAGUUGCACACACAUCACAUCUGGAAGUGUGAAGCUGCUCUCAUCCAGUGACCGGCCUUCUGUUACUCAGCAGUCAUGUUGAUUUUACUCGCUGCCAUCUUCAUCCUCCACAUCACCUGCAUCUGUCUGCUGCUGGCCGCCACCAUUCAUAACGCCUGGUGGAUGACCGACACAAUGUCCACUGAUAUUUGGGCUCGCUGGAUUCUGAUUGGAGGAAAAUGGAGCUACACUGAGAUUCCUGGUCACUAUCCUAAAGAGUAUCUGCAGGUGGUUCAGGCCAGCUCUGUGCUCGCGUGCAUCUUCUGUAUCCUGGGCCUGUUCGUGUUCGUGGCUCAACUGUACACAAUACCUAAAGGAAAUCGCUUCCUGUUCACUGGAGUCUUCCAGCUGCUGGCCUGGCUGUGCAUCAUGAUCGCCGCCUCCAUCUACACGGACAUCUUCCAUAAAGACAAGGAACAGGGCUGGUACGGAGCCUCCUUCAUCCUGGCCUGGAUCUCCGUCUGUCUCACCUUCAUCUCCUGCAUCACCUACUUCACCCUGCGCAAGAAGUUGGCGUGAAGAACACACACUCACACACAAGCACACAAAGACUACAGAUACCAUCAUUUUUAACACAUACACACACACACACAGUCUGCAUCAGUAGAUGUUUAAACACUCGUCAGAUGUUGUCGAUGAUGAUCCUCUGAUCUCAGAACUGCUCAGGUUGGAAUCAAGUGUCUCACAGCAUAUGUAGAUCACAUAUCUUAUCCAUUAUAUAGCUGAAUGUAAAACAAUGUCUUAAAAUCUUAAUGUCUUAAUCUGUCAUUGUUGUGUUGCAAAUGUAGUGUUUUCACAAUAGUUUAACAGUAGUUACAGGUGAUUAUUCAAUUAGACUACCUGACUGUGUUUGUUUCUAUGUUAAAAUGGUUAUCAUGUGUCCUGUACUAACGAUCUGAUCCACCCAAGGGUGGAUUUUGCCAAUUUAACUAAUGUUGGUCACUGCAAAAUAUCAUUACCAUCACAAAAUGAAAUAAUUUGAUUAUUAGGAUGUUGCUUUUUUAAAUUAAAUGAUUUCACAAUACAUAAGAUAUGAAUUUUGGAGACAUUUUCACCAACGAUGUGCACUGAGUUGGUAAUGAUCCUUUGUUUUAGUGUCUGUGAUGGUUCCCGUUGUUUGAAUUUGGGUGCUCUGUGAUUGGCAGCUCCUCCUAGAACUCACCUCAAACUGCAGUCCAUUGCCUACACCUGCUGCUGUGCUUCAGAUGCUCUUUUAAAGGACAUUACUAGCAGAGACAAAGGAGGCUUGGACUUGGGAUAUUGGGUUGUAAGUAAGUAAGUAAGUAAAAUAUAUAUUUUUUUAUAUAUAUAGCACAGAGUAUAAUAAUAAUAAUAAUAAUAAUAAUAAUAAAUAAAAAUAAAAUAAGAAUAAAACAACAUGGAAGACAAUAUACUAAAAAACACAGUACUAAGAUUAGAUUAAAACGCCUGGGAGAAAAGAUGUUUUCAGCCUCUUUUUAAAAAUGGUAAUAGACUGUGCAAGGUGAAUAUCCAGUGGCAGCUGAUUCUAUAAGCGAGGGCCAGCAACUGAUAAAACUCUGUCGCCCUUGGUUUUUAAACGCUAUCGAGGGACAUAUAAAAGAUACUGAUCAGCAGACCUUAAGGAUCUACUAGAUGAAUGUGGGAUAAGAUCUUUUAAAUAAGAGGGGGCUUGAUCAUUAACAAAAGAAUUUAUAACUGAAUCCUGAGAUGGACUGAGAGCCAAUGGAGUGAUGUUAAGAUCGGGGUGACAUGGUCAAAUUUCUUUGCUCUAGUUAACAUCCUUGCAGCUGCAUUUUGAACCAUCUGGAGGCUUGUGUUUGGUUUGUAUUGUUUUGAGCACUUUAACAUUGCUACAACAGCACAUUACACCAGCAGCCAGGCACCCUGCUUUACACACUGAUAAUGCUGACUAUUUCAGAAAUAUUGUUAUGUUUUCUGUUGUUUUUGUUCCAUUAUAGUGAUUUACUUUUGAGCUUAAUAAAGCCUUUUCCUCUUGAGCCUUA